GUUGAGCCGAAGAGGUUUUCUUUCUACGUGUAUGUAUACAUCAUUCAGCAGAAACGGACCCACAAACCAAUGAUACUUCGCUCACUACAUGGCAGACGGUCCUCGCAUAAGCUCUGUCACAAGAAUCAAUCUCGGUCAGCCGUCCCUUCGUCCCCCGGCACGCACGCACCAUAUCAUGCAGCCCAUUCCUCCCUCUGUGCCGCACACUGCUCGGGCAGCCCCACCCAAUCAAUGCAUUCGUUCAUGCACUAUUUGCACGCCCACACCACACGCACCACGCUGGCAGGCGAGAAGGAAAGUGACCUAGUAAAGUAGACAGACGGUGAGUAAAAUGACAUACCGGCAGAAACAGGCGGAGAGCGAAUAUAUAUUGUGUGUGUUACCCUGGACAGAACAGCCAUUCCAACCAACCAACACACACGUGCGCACACACAGACACACACACACGCACAGAUGCAUGUACAUGGUCAGGCGGCGACGGAGACAUCGCAACCACUGCGUUUCUCACAUUGUGAAACACUCUCACGGAAACACCGACCGCUCCAUUCACGACCACAUGAAUCAAACCGAGCACUAGACAAAACUGGCGUUUUUUGCUCUUCCGUACUUUUUUGGACCAGUCUCACCUCUCUAUGUUUCUUGCUCUCCCUUUCCCUCUCCCGCCCCCUUCCCCCUUCCCAAAUCGAGUAUGUGUGUGUGUUGGUGUGGACAAUGAUCAGAUGUCCGCCGUGUGCAGGUCGAGGACAGCAUCCGCCCUAUCGUCCUCCUCCGCCUCCUCCUCAGUUGGCCCCUCUGUGCUGACUGUCUUCGGUGUUGUGGUUGUUUUCGGCUUCGGCUCGGGCGUCACAUCACCCGUCAUUGAGGUUUUCGUCGCUCCCAGCCGCUCCACCAUGACGCUAUUGAGUACGGCGACUGCCUUGAUGAGAAUUGUGGAGGAAGUGGCCAUGAUGGAGAUGAUGGUCGUCAAGAGGUCGGUUGACCUCGCGCCGUAGAGGACGGUCAGCACCAAAAUGGGCACCUCGCACAGCGACGUCGCGAAGAGGGACGCGUGCUGCCGCAGUGUGGCCCUUGUUCGGAUGCCGUAGGCGAUUAUGCCGCUUAAUAUGUCCACUUGGCAGAGGACCAGGACGGACACCCCCGCCCACAAAGCGACACCACGCGUCACCAUACCCAUUCCCACCGCCAAAUCAGACAUGUAGUCGACACUGCAGUGCACACCCAUUAAACACACAUGCGCGCGCACAGACAGACAGACAGACAGACACACAGACAAACAGAGACGGCGUAUGACUGGAUGCUGGAAUCUAUCUCUGUGGAUAUUUAUUCACCAGGUCAGCAGGUAGGUAAUGUACUUGAGCAUUCGGCAGAACUCCAGCUCGCCCAUCCAUCUCACGCAGGGCACGUACUUUCGCACUAGAGCCAUCAGGCGGUUCUGCCGCGUCCACAUGUGCUCUGACGCCGUUAGCAUGGGUGUCGGCGAGAAUGGCACCAAGCUGUAUGUGGCCGGCAGCCAUCGAGACCCUCCCAGCCUCUUGAGCACAUCAUCCGUGUCAAACAGCCGUGGCUGCGCAAUGAGGGCGAAACACGGGGAGCAGAGUGCGUUUGGGACACACACGAGCACCAAAGUGGCCGCAUAGCCGAACGCUGCACACUCACAGGAGGAAGAAAAGAACGACAUGUCCGGGUGGGUUCAUCGAUGGCAAAUGCAUUCAUUCACCUGCCUGCCUGCCUUACGUGCGUAGAGCAAAAUGGCUGCUCUUAUGAGGGCGCCAAACAUACCGGCGAGGAAUUGCACGGCCAGGCUGCUGUACGUCCCAUACGAGAACAUGAGGUUGACGAGAGCCAGCAGGGGGUCGCCAACUGCAAACAAACGCAAAACGAACGGAUAGUGACUGGCAAGUCGUUGCAACCUCUCGGUCUUUUGCCUCGCCUCGGCUGCCCUGCCCUGUCUGCCCACCAAUGUCGGUCAUGGCGACGACGCCAACCCAUCUGGCGUCCGGCACAAGGACAAUCGUGAUCGCCCCCAACGCAACCAUCCCCAGACCCGCAAGGACUGCCGGCGUAAAAGGAACAAACAACCCGGUUGAGGCACUGCCUCCCUCUCUCCUUGUUUCUUUCUUGUCUCUUACACAAAAGGGCCCAAUAGAAGCGCAUCUUGGCCGGCACGUCCGGGAGAUAGAGCCUCAGCUGGCGCCGCUUCCCCCACACCACGGCGGCAAGAUCCAUCACCAGGUACUUGCCAGGGAGCCGUCUGCCGACCUCCUCAUCCGCAUCGAUAUCACCUUCAUCGUGCACACAGGCAGAGGCGCUUGGGCUGGGGUCCUGGUCGCCAACAGGCGGCGGCGGGUGGUCGGAAACAACGAAGCGGCCAUCAUUGGUGGUUGAAGGUGGUGCCAUUGGCGUUGGUGCUGCAUCUGCCAGUGACGCACGGAGGGCAUCAGUGUCGUACAUAAGCACGAGAGAAGAGCAAUUUGGAGAAGAGUACGGUUUCGCUCAGGGUCUACUAGUAGCUCGC